AUGGAUAUUGAAAUUCGUCCGGCAGAAAGAACCGACUUAGUUUCGGUUUACACAUUAUCCGAGGGAAACUAUGAAGGGCAUGAUUACUUGCCUUUCGUCUUUUUACGAUGGUUAGACGAACCCAACCGAAGAGUUUUCGUAGCAGUGAAGGGAGAGACUGUUAUAGGUUUACGCUCGUUUCAUGUCGUUGAUGACGGUUUGACUGUUGUAAGUCAAGGUUUAAGAGUUCACCCUGAAUAUCGUGGUCUUGGUGUUAGUACCAUGCUACUUGAAGCACAGCAAAAAUAUAUUCAGAAUCAUUUUCCCAAUGUUAAAAAAGAGCGCUAUACAACCAUGUCAAAUAACGUUGGUCGUUUAGCCAUCCAUAACAAAUCAUCUUGUGAGAGACUAUUGCUCGAGCUUAGCAUCAUUGCCUUUUAUGUCGAUUCGAAAACUCUUCAUAGCAGUUUAAAUAUUCCAGAUUUAAAUACGAGAAAAUUGAACUUCCUAGAAUUUCAAUGUUUUUUGAGAGAUGGAAAAUUUGACGGGCUGUUGAAAAACAAUAUGUUUGUCAUUGAUUGGGAGCCAUUUAACUCCAAAGAAAGAGAAGUUAAUUGUGGUUUAGUGAAGAAAGAUGAUGUGAUUUUGGUAUCUGCCUGUGAUGGAACGCCUGAAUCAUCCACAAAGUGUCUUAGUCAUGCCCGUUUUUCUGAGAGAGUCAAGUGCCCGCAUUGGGUAGCAACAGUCUAUACAACAGAUAUAAAUUUACUUCAAGCUCACAUCGCUUUGCAACUCAAACACUCUUGUGAAAAGGCAACGGUGAUGAAAAAAUCUUUUAUUUUUUCAUGCUUUUUACCCACUUGUUUUGUGACACAAGCAAAACAAUAUGUUAUGGGACAGUUUAUGCUUGAUUACGUUGACUUUUUCAACUUCAACUUGUUACUGUUUGAGAAAGAUUUGAGUUCAUUGUAA